CCUAUGAUGGUUGCCGAAAGAGUGAAACUAGUGGAAUCGACAUGCAGGUGUUCAAUCAAUGUGGAGAGAGUCGAGAAGGGCGACUUUAGAACUUGACUGUCAAUUCCAUAUUGUGAGCACGAUGCUCCUUUCAAACGAUCCUUCGAGUUUUCGUAACUUCUGUUCUGCUGUAAGUGAAAUGCUCGCAGGCUUACCACUGGUAAUGUCAUUGUGGUAUACGUAGACCAAAUCAUACUGUUUAGUUUCCAUGCUUCAAUUACAAUCAUAAAAUGCCAUUGCCAUCCAUUACUUGUCUCAAUUUCACAGCUCUAAGUAGAGAGGGCCAGUUGAAGGAGGCGCUGCACAUUCUGCUUACUACGCACAACCCCCCUGAAGACUAUUCUACAUACAUUCAAUUAUUGCAGACCUGCAUUCUCAAGAACACGAUUUCACAAGGAAAAAGAAUCCACUCUUUUAUCGCUCACAGGCUAUUUGCAUCUGCUACACGCACAACUUUUUAUAAUAAGCUUAUUUACAUGUAUGCCAAGUGCGGAAGUCUGGUUAAUGCUCGUAAAGUGUUUAACCAUAUGAUAGAACGAGACAGCGUUUCAUGGAAUACGAUCAUUGUAGCGUACAGAAGACAUGGGUAUCCUCACGAGGCAGUUAAGCUUUUUCACCAAAUGCAACGAAAAGGUUUCCAACCCGAUCAGUUCACAUUUGCCAGCAUACUCCCAGCCUGUGCGAAAAUGGGAGCUUUGGAACAGGGUAUGAAGAUCCAUCAAAGGAUAACGGAAGGGGGUUUUUUGUCAGAUGUAGUUUCAAAUGCCCUGAUAGAUAUGUAUGCAAAAUGUGGAAGCAUAGACAAGGCACGUGAACUGUUUGACCGAAUGCCUCGAAGAAAUGUAUUCUCGUGGACUGCGAUGAUUUCAGGAUAUGCGCAAAAUGGAUUUGUUGAAAUAGCCUUAGAAACUUUCAAGCAAAUGCAAUUGGCAGGUGUAAAACCGAAUUCCACAACCUUCGUCAGCAUCCUCCCUGCCUGUGCCAAAAUUGGAGCUUUGGAACAGGGUAUAGACAUUCAUCAAUGCAUUAAGGACACAGAAAUUUUAUCAGAUGUUGUAGUUGCAACUGCCCUGGUAGAUAUGUAUGCAAAAUGUGGAAGCAUCCAAAAGGCACGUGAACUGUUUGACAGAAUGCCUCACAGAGAUGUCAUCUCAUGGAAUGCAAUGAUUGCAGGAUAUGCACAAAACGGAUUUGUUGAUAAGGCUGUAGAAACUUUCAAGCAAAUGCAAUUGGCAGGUGUAAAGCCAAAUUCCACAACCUUUGCCAGCAUCCUUCCUGCCUGUGCCAAAGUGGGAGCUUUGGAACAGGGUAUAGACAUCCAUCAAAGCAUAAAGGAUAAAGCCAUUUUGUCAGAUGUUGUAGUCGCAACUGCCCUGGUAGACGUGUAUGCAAAAUGUGGAAGCAUAGACAAGGCACGUGAAUUGUUUGACGGAAUGUCUCAAAGAGAUGUGGUUUCAUGGACUGCAAUGAUUGCAGGAUAUGCACAAAAUGGAUUUGUUGAGAAGGCUUUAGAAAGUUUCAAGCAAAUGCAAUUGGCAGGUGUAAUGCCAGACUCGACAACCUUUGCGAGCAUCAUCUCUGCCUGUGCCAAAAUGGGAGCUUUGGAACAGGGUAUGGACAUCCAUCAAAGCAUAAAGGAUAGAGGAAUUUUGUCAGAUAUCGUCGUUGCAACUGCCCUGGUAGACAUGUAUGCAAAAUGUGGAAGAAUAGACAAGGCAUGCGAAAUUUUUGACAACAUGUCUCAAAGAAAUGUGGUCUCAUGGAAUGCCAUGAUUGCAGGAUAUGCACAAAAUGGAUAUGUUGAAAAGGCUCUAGAAACUUUCAAGCAAAUGCAAUUUGCAGGUGUAAAUCCAAAUUCCUCAACCUUUGUAAGCAUUCUACCUGCCUGUGCCAAAAUGGGAGCUCUGGAAUUGGGUACAGACAUCCAUCAAAGCAUAAUGGAAGCGGGGCUUUUGUCAGAUAUUAUAAUUGAAAAUGCUCUGGUAGACAUGUACGCAAGAUGUGGAAGCAUAGACAAGGCACGUGAACUGUUUGACAGGAUGCCUCAAAGAGACAUUAUCUCAUGGAAUGCAAUGAUUGCGGGAUAUGCACAAAAUGGAUCUUGCAAGGAUGCUCUCAUAAUCUUUGAAUUAAUGAAGCUCUCUGGAACAAAUCCUGACAUUGUAAGCUUUACUUUUGUUCUAUGUGCAUGCAGCCAUGCAGGCUUAUUGGAUGAAGGCUGUACAUACUUCAAUGACAUGAGUAACCCUUAUUGCAUUACACCUACAGUUGAUCAUUACGUGUGCAUGAUUGACCUUCUUGGCCGUGCUGGCUAUCUUGAGGGCACCCUAAACUUUAUCAUUAAGAUGCCAGUCAAACCUGUGGUAGUUUUGUGGAUGUGUUUUCUCGGUGCUUGUAGAUCACACAUGAAUAUAGGCUUAGGAGUAUUUACAGCAUUGUUGCUUUUUGAUUUGGAUCCUGAAAAUGCUGCAACAUAUGUUCUGCUCUCAAACAUCUAUGCAGAAGUGGGCAGGUGGGGUGAGGUUCAAAUGCUAAGGAGAUUGAUGAAAGAUAGAGGAAUAAAAAAGAUUCCUGGAUGUAGUUGGAUUGAAGAUCAUAAAAUGGUACAUGCUUUCUGUGCAGGAGACAGAUCACAUCCACAGACACGAGAGAUCUAUGCAAAGUUGGAGAAAUUGGCUUGGGAGAUGAAGGCAGCAGGGUAUUUUCCAGAUUCAAGACAUUUACAUAAUGAUGUAGAAGAGGAGGAAAAGGAAUUAUUUCUCUGCUACCAUAGUGAAAAGUUGGCAAUUGCAUUUGGUUUAUUAAACACAGCUCCCGGAACAACUAUUAGAGUUGUUAAGAACCUUCGAGUAUGUGCUGAUUGCCACACUGCAACAAAAUUUAUUUCCAAGAUUGUUGCAAGAGAAAUUGUUGUGAGAGAUGCCAACCGUUUCCAUCAUUUUAAACAGGGAGAAUGUUCUUGCGGAGAUUAUUGGUGACACUAAAUGAAGCAAUCUGAAAAUAGACUUGCGCUACAAUAAUGUGGCCUAUGUCAGACCUGCAGUGAUGAUCAAGGGACAAGGAUUUUAUAUUCAAAUCUUUGUUUUGAUUUGGGUAUUUGGAAAUCUAGACCAUGCUGUUGGCUUAGUAAAAUUAGAUGCAUAUGGUACAACAUCACUGCUUAUAUACACUUUCGGGGUAUUUGUCAAAGACCUGUUCUAUGUUAAAUGUUAGCAUUUUAUUGGAUGUUUUCACAGAAUUUGUAUAUAUAUGAAAAGAAAAACCAGAGGAGAUGGAGGAGAAUGAGAAAAAAAAAAGAUGAGGAACAUUUCAAGUAAAUGGAAAGAUGCUUAUCAACAAGAAAUAGGGAAGGAGGGCUCACACCAUUGCCAUUUUGUAUAGUUCUUUUGUUUAGGCUAAUUUCAUUAUUAUCUUUUGCCUAUGUAAGGAGGAUCACUUGAGAUUAAAAGAAACAUUCUAGAUCAGCUAUGUAGUUUUAAGUAAGUGGAAAGAUGCUUUAUCAAAAGAAAUAAAGAGAGAAGGGUUCACAUCCUUGCCAUUUUGUCAUUUGUCAGGACCCCCGAUCUGACAUUGCAUUUCCAGCGAUGAAAUUGUCUUACAAAGUAAGACUUCACAGUUUCAUUGCCUUGAUCGCCUAUCUCAGGUGGGCAGACUUGAUCAAACUAUUAAUUAGUUAGCAAAGGUUAAUUGGAACGGUUUGAUUGGUCAAACCUGGGGGCUAUUAAAUUAAGGGAGAUUAUGAAGACAGCGGUCUGAUGUAGGGAGGCAUCUCCUCCCAACCAACAUAGCCAGCAGUGGGAAGAAGCACGACUUUCCAGGAAGAAGGGAUACAAAACACCUCUUCAGAUAUCUACAUCACUUAGCAAUAAAUACAGUAACAAAGGCAGAUCGAAUCAUCAAGAAAUCAUCACUCAAUCAUCAUCGAAGGAUAAAAAAAAAAAAAGACGUGGAGGGUAUAAAGAGGAAUUAGGAUCAAAAUAUUAUCAGCAGCAGAUUGGUAUGCUGUAUCGUGCUUAUGAUCAUAUAUUUGUUUAUUUAUGUUGUAUUAUGUCUGCAUUUCUAUAUAUAAAUGUAAUACAGGUUAUUUAUACAAAGAAGCAUUGUCAAUAA